GUCACGUGACUGUGACGUAAGAAGAAGUGGCCGGAAGAGACUCGAGUAGAUGAGGACAGCAACGUGCUCUGAAGUACGAUCGGUACGAGUGUGCCAGAUACCUAUGCUGAUAUAAACGGAUAUUUAAAAGAUGGAAGAGCAGCCUGAUGUGAGUACUGAAUGUCCAGCUGAACACACAGUGGGAGAUGCUGCAGGAAAUGUAGAGGAAAACAUUGGUCAAGUGAAAGCAAACCCAUCAUCAGCACUGUCUGAGUCUGCAGGCGCAAGUGACUCAUCUUGUAUUCCACUGGACGCUGUUACGGCUGGAAGCGGUGAGACAACGAUGGACUCUGAGAGUCAGCCGUCCGUUACAGUCGACGCGUCAGCGGAGCAUCAUUUAAGCGAGAUGACUGGAGACCCAGAGUCGAUGACUGAUGAUCCCGGUGGCAUCGUGGGGAGCGAACGAUCAGGCGCAGGGAACGAGGUGCAGCAUGAAGACAUGGACGUCAGCGUCUCAUGCAAAAUGGAGACGCUCAAUUUCGCCGUCUCCCCGGGGCCUCCAGAGGCGAAUGGGGACUGUGUGAGAUCACCAUUUACCAGCGGGGCCUUAUUGCCCCAAGGGGCUUUGCUGUUGAGGGACCCUGGGGACAACGAUGACAGCUCCACAUCUGAGGAUUCCUCAUCAGACAGUGAUUCAGAUUCUUCAUCAACCUCAUCUUCCUCUUCCUCAUCUCUUGGAAUUCUUCAACAGCCAGAGGACGACGACGACGUUGGAGUCACUAAUGGAAAGAAACCUCUACCCAUUAAGACUCAAGAUGAAAUUCUUAUUGAGGAUUUGCCGACAGUGCAGGAUAUGGGGGUUAUUCUUCCAGAGGACACUGAGAUCCAGCCUAUUGGAGUCAUUUCCAGCAUCGUCGAGCAGUUGGUGAUAAUUGAAUCCCUGAAGGACACCCCACCUCUUAAUGAUGACAGCGUCGUUUUUGAUGAAGCGAGGCGCUCUGUCGGAAAGGUGUUUGAAAUUUUCGGGCCUGUCUGCCGGCCCUAUUACCUUCUCCGGUUCAACUCCGCCGACCACAUCUCGGAAAAAGGUCUGAAGUUGAACGACACGAUGUACUUUGCUCCCUCCCUGAAGGAUUUCACCGAUUACAUAUUCGCGGAACAGCUCAAGGUCUUUAAAGGUUCUGACGCGUCCUGGAAGAAUGACCAAGAACCUCCACCUGAGGCUUUGGAUUUCAGCGACGAUGAGCUGGAGAAGCUGGCUAAACAGAAGAAGAAGAAGAAGAAGAACAUUCAGCAAAUGCCCCCCACGUCGGACCCGAGCGAGGCCGAUGAGAGCCCGGGCCGGGCCUCGCAGCACAGACAGCCCAGACCUGCUGGGGGAGGGUACCGCGGCAGGGGUGUGAACCCGCAUCCAGAGGGGGGGGUCCCCAGCUGGCGCUUGCCCCAGCGAAACGCGCCGGCCCGCCCUUGCUUUUACCCUGCCGACAGCAGGAUGAUGACCCCUCCCCCGGACCCCCACAAGCUGCCUCCCAUGGGCUUCCCCUGCCUGUUCCCGCCCCCUUUCCAGCCCCCGCCUCCAUACUUCCUGCCCUUCCCACCUCCACCCCCUCCCCACAUGCCCAUGCCGUGGCCUGGCCAAGAGAUGGGGCCACCUCCGCCCCUGCAUGGCCUGCCCUUCCAGCACCUUCCACCCCCCCCGCCUCCCCCUCCACCGCCCUCCUCAUAAUUGCCAUAAUCGAUCACCCUGGGCUCCAUUGAAACUCUGUAGAAAGGUAGUGAAACGCUGUAUUUUUCUAUUGUAGAUGGCUUCCUUUUUGUACUAACGUUUGUUUAAUUGUAUCCGUGGCUGGGAGCUAAUGUGUAAUUAGGCAUUUCUGGUCCACACAUUUCUUUACCAGAUUCAUGUUUAUUAUUAUUAUUUUUAAUUAAAAAAAUGUUGUGUUAUUAAAUAUAAGGAGAUAAAAAAAGACUAAUUGUGUUUAAGGCAACAUAUUGUGUAAAAUAUAUUUCUGUAUGGAAAAUAAAAACCACUCCUUGUGUCUGUC